AUGCGCAUGUGUCUGACCGGCGACCUGGGAGGCUACUACACCGCUUCAAUCGGCCAGGAUCGCGACCAGUUUGGCGUCAAGGGAGAUUUCGUCACAUCUCCUGAAAUCUCCCAGAUCUUCGGUGAGCUGGUCGGCCUGUGGUUUAUUGCCGAAUGGAUCAGCCAGGGCCAGCCUAAACAGGGAGUCCAGUUAAUCGAGGUUGGACCUGGCCGCGGGACUCUCAUGGAUGAUAUGUUGCGAACUAUAAAGCGCUUUCCAGCCAUGAGAGACAGCAUCGAGUCGGUCUUCAUGGUCGAGGCAAGUCCAGAGCUUCGGGAGAAGCAGAAGAAGCUGCUCUGCGGCUCCGAUACCGCAUCUGAGGAUUGUGAAGCUGGUUUCCGAAGCGCAGAAAAGUAUUCUGGAAAGCCUGUCAUAUGGGCUGAAAGCCUCAAGUCAAUCCCCAUUGAGUCCAACAAAGUGCCAUUCAUUGUGGCCCACGAGUUUUUCGACGCCCUUCCGAUUCACUGCUUCCAGUCAGUCCUGGCCCCAGCAUCACCUCCCAGGACGACAUCAAUCUCCCGCCCUCCCUCAACGCACGUAAACCCGCCGCCAACAUGCGAGUGGCGAGAAAUGAUGGUUUCGCCCACGCCCCCAGCCGAGGCUGCUCCAAAUCAUGCCGAGGCAAAGCCUGCUGGAACGGCCGCUUCCGCCGCAGAAUUCCAGCUCAUUCUCUCGUCCAAGCCCACCAGACAUUCUCGCUACCUCCCCGAGUCGUCCCCGAGAUACCGACAUCUCAAGCAGCCCCCAGGAUCUGUAGUCGAAAUCUGCCCCGACGCCUCUCUGUAUGCCGCGGACUUUGCCACCCGCAUCGGUGGCUCCGACGAGGUAAAGAAGCCGCAACCAUGUGGCGCUGCUCUGAUUCUGGACUACGGCACAUCCGACACCGUACCCAUCAACUCGCUGAGAGGUAUCCGACACCACACGCAUGUCAGCCCCUUCUCGGCCCCUGGCCUCGUAGACCUGAGCGCCGAUGUGGACUUUACAGCCAUUGCCGAGGCUGCGACCCUGGCCAGCGACGGAGUUGAGGUCCACGGCCCGGUGCCGCAAGCCGACUUCCUCGAGCUCAUGGGCAUACGACAGCGGGCAGAAAUGCUUAUCAAGGCUGCCGGAACGGAUGAGUCAACAGCAGACAGAAUUAGAAGGUCAUGGAGGCGACUUGUCGAUCGAGGACCCAGCGGCAUGGGCAAAGUAUACAAGGCGCUUGCCAUUCUGCCUGAAAAUGAUGGCCGGAGACGCCCGGUAGGAUUUGGGGGUGACGUGUCGUCAAGCUAG